AUGGCGUCCAUCAAGUCCGUACCCUCGCAGUCAAUAGACAAGAUGAGCGAGAAGCGUGGCUAUGAGGUGCAAGAAGGCGAGGCGGCGGCGGUGGUGGAAAACGUCGACUCCCUCAAGCGACGAUUGUCGAAUCGGCAGAUGCAGCUCAUAGCGAUUGGCGGCUCGAUUGGAACUGCGCUCUUCGUCAGCAUUGGAUAUGGACUCAUCGAAGGCGGACCCGGCAGCUUGUUCAUCGCCUUCACCCUGUACUCGUGCGCCCUCGGCCUCGUCAACAGCUGUAUGGCCGAGAUGGCCGUCUUCAUGCCCGUCAGCGGCUCCUUCAUUCGAAUGGGAUCCAAAUGGGUCGACGAGGCUUUCGGGUUCAUGGUCGGCUGGAACUUUUUCAUCUACGAGGCUGUCUUGAUCCCAUGGGAGAUUGCGGCGCUGAACCUCGUGCUGACCUACUGGUCCGACAACAUCCCCAAGGUCGCUAUUUGCCUUGGGUGUAUUGUUCUCUACGGAUUGAUCAAUCUCUUUGCGGUCAAGUGGUACGGCGAAUCCGAGUUUUGGCUGUCGGGCGGCAAAGUGAUCCUGGUCUUUAUCGUCUUUGGCUUUACCUUUGUCACUAUGGUGGGAGGGAACCCGCAGCACGAUGCAUACGGAUUUCGAUACUGGAACAACCCUGGGGCUUUUGCAGAGUAUGUCACAACCGGCGCCCUCGGCCGCUUCGAAGGGUUCCUGGGAGCCCUGUUCAUGGCUGCAUUCACCAUUGUGGGCCCGGAGUAUGUGGCCAUGGUCAGCGGCGAGGCCAUGUAUCCGCGGAAGCACCUCAAACAGGCCUUCAAGACAGUCUACUGGCGGUUCGGCAUCUUCUUCAUUGUCGGCGCUCUCUGCGUCGGCAUCGUAGUUCCCUACAACGAUCCGACUCUGAACGACGUUCUCAAUGGAGGUUCCGCCGGCACCGCAGGCGCAUCGGCCUAUGUGAUUGCGAUGCAGAACAUGGGCAUUAGCGUUCUCCCGGACAUCGUGAACGCUCUUCUCGUCACGAGUAUCUUCUCGGCAGGAAACACUUACGUGUACUGCGCUUCCAGGACGCUCUACGGUCUCUCGCUCGACGGGCAUGCGCCGAAGUUCUUGCAGAAAUGCACAAAGGCCGGGGUGCCCAUCUACUGCUUCUUGGUCACCAUGCUGUUUCCGCUCUUGUCGCUGCUCACGCUGGGCACGAGCAGUACGCAAGUCAUUACUUGGCUAACCAAUCUCACCGAGGCGUCUCAAAUCAUCGACUUUAUCGUGAUGUGCAUCAUCUACCUCUUCUUCUACCGCGCGCUCAAGGCACAGGGCUACGACCGCAACACCCUGCCAUACAGGGGCUGGGGCCAACCGUACGUGGCCUGGGUGGCCAUGAUAUUCAUGAUCUUCAUCGUCGGCACGUACGGGUACACGACCUUCCUGCCCGGGUGGUGGGACGUCGGCGUCUUCUUCUCCUACUACACCAUGUGCUUCGUCUGUCCGCUGCUGUACGUGGGGUGGAAGAUCGUCAAGAAGACCAAGAUCGUCAAGCCCGAGGAGGCAGAUCUGGUCUGGGAGCGUCCCGUGAUUGACGCGUACGAGGCGAGCUUUGUCGACAAGCCGCUCGGCUUCUGGCAGGAGAUCAGGCUGCAUCUGCCCAAGUUGGGGAAGAAGGGGCCAGCAGCUUGA